UUCCUUCUGCCGGGAGUUGCAGAUUUCACUGGAACAUUGUCCAAGUGGUGCAGAAAUAUAGUGCAGAGAGACUUGUUGCUCUCGGCUCUUUGGCUUUUUCGUCUGCUGUUAAAAUCCUCACCGUCUCACCCUAGUUCGCUCCAGGCCCUUGGCUUGGAGGUGCCAACCGCCACCAUUGAUCCCAGCAGCUGGAGCGGCAGCGAGAGUCCUGCUGAGGACAUCGAGAGGAUGAGCGAUUCGGCGGACAAGCCCAUCGAUAACGACGCUGAGGGCGUGUGGAGCCCUGAUCUCGAGCAGAGCUUCCAGGAGGCCCUGGCCAUCUACCCGCCCUGCGGCAGACGCAAGAUCAUCCUGUCGGACGAGGGCAAGAUGUACGGUCGGAACGAACUGAUAGCCAGAUACAUUAAACUGCGGACUGGGAAAACGAGGACAAGGAAGCAGGUGUCUAGUCACAUACAGGUCUUAGCAAGAAAGAAAGUUCGUGAAAUCCAAGCUGCCAUCAAGGUGUCUAGUCACAUUCAGGUUCUUGCCAGAAGGAAAUCUCGUGAGUUUCAUUCCAAGCUAAAGGUGACGAGCAUGGAUCAGACUGUGAAGGACAAAGCCCUCCAGAGCAUGGCCUCCAUGUCUUCAGCACAGAUCGUCUCUGCCACAGCCAUCCACAACAAGCUGGGCCUGCCGGGCAUCCCACGUCCCGCCUUUCCAGGAGCGGCUGGGUUUUGGCAGGGUAUGAUUUCCACGGGUCAGGCGGGAUCCUCACAAGACAUCAAGCCAUUUGCACAGCAAGCCUACCCCAUCCAGCCUGCAGUCACAACGGCAAUUUCAAGCUAUGAAUCUGCAGCGGCACCUGCACCCACAGUGCCAGCGUGGCAGGGCCGUUCCGUUGGCACCACUAAACUCAGGCUGGUGGAGUUCUCAGCGUUCCUGGAGCAGCAACGAGACCCAGACUCUUACAACAAGCACCUUUUUGUGCACAUCGGUCAGACGAAUCACUCCUACAACGAUGCCUUACUGGAGUCGGUGGACAUUCGCCAGAUAUAUGACAAAUUCCCGGAGAAAAAAGGGGGUCUGAAAGAGCUCUUUGGCAAGGGCCCUCAGAAUUCCUUCUUCCUCAUAAAGUUCUGGGCUGAUUUGAACUUCCCAAGCCGACUGGAACUCCAGUCCCAGGAAGAGGCUGGGGCCUUCUAUGGCGUCACCAGCCAGUAUGAGAGCCCAGAGAACAUGACCAUCACUUGCUCAACUAAAGUCUGCUCUUUUGGCAAACAGGUGGUGGAGAAAGUGGAGACGGAGUACGCUCGCUUCGAGAACGGCCGCUUCGUGUACCGGAUCAGCCGCUCACCCAUGUGCGAGUACAUGAUCAACUUCAUCCACAAGCUCAAGCACCUUCCUGAGAAGUACAUGAUGAACAGCGUCCUGGAGAACUUCACCAUCCUACUGGUGGUCACAAACAGAGACACACAGGAGACCCUGCUGUGCAUGGCGUGUGUGUUUGAGGUGUCCAACAGUGAGCACGGUGCCCAGCAUCACAUCUACAGGCUAGUAAAAGAAUGAAGCCUGGGCAGCAGGCAGACCUGCUCUACAGACUCUGAACCUCAAUAAAGAAACUGGCAGUGCCUCUUGUUCAGCAGUCACUCAAACGAUUCUCGGUCACUACUGGGUGAAGCUUAUUAUUAUGGUUUUUUGUUGUUUUUGGUCUUUAUUAAUGUAUAUGUGUUUGACUGCAGCUGUGAAUUGCGGUACAGUUGUAUUAUGUUUUGAUACAGGAAAGGAUCUUCAUUUUAAAGGAUGCCUAGUCAGGAUUUCUAUGUAGGUUGUAUAUAUAAAGUGGCAGGAUCAGUAGAACCCAAGGUUGGAUUUAAUCAGAUUAAGUCUGGCUAGCAUACCCAAACAAGUGAUUUAGGUUUUUAUCCUAUAAUGUACACCUUGAAAACAGAUUUUAACCUUCUUUCCAUGGUUUAUGUAAAACAAUAACAUCUAUAAAUGUGUGUCUGUAAACGUAUCUGUGUGUGUACAAAUGUAUAUACCUACAUACCUGUAGUUUUUCUAAGGAAAAUUAUUUCAUUUUAGAACAUUUGGUUAAUUAAAGAGAAACAAUUAUCAUGGCCAUUAGAGUUCAAAAUACAUUUGUAGCAUUCAGGGAAUUAAAAAUACAGCCCUUGGAAAGGAACCACAAAUAGUUUGUUGCAAAACCUUUUUUCCCAACUUCCUGAUUGACUUCACUGUGAUCUGUAAUAGCAUUCCAGAGGUUUAAUCCAACUUGCGUCUCUGCUUGGGCUAAAGGCUGUGUCAUCACCUGCAAUAAGAAAAAGCAGAGUUUAGACCCCUUGACAGUCUGCCAUGCCACCAACAGUUCUUGUUGAUGUUCUUGUGGUAAGAGUUAUCGCUGAAAGCAAGAAAGCACUACGUAACGUACCGGGGUGUAAUGUACCGUGGCCAAUUCUAACUGUCCCAAGCACUUGGAUCCUCUCGUGGGACUUGCCUUAUCGAGCAAACCCAAGCCUUUGUUCUGGAUCGCUGGAGUCGCUCCUCGGGCGAGUCGAUGAGACACAAUUGCAUCGUAAAGACAUCAGGGAAGCCUUCUUUUGAAGCCUGCCCCCCUCCCCUUGAUACUUGUCAUUUUAAUCCCACACCUGUCCUGUUUUCCUGGUUCCCUGCCGUUAGAGGAGUCCACUCCAGUGUGCUCUGCUGCCUUCGAUCCCAACCCCAAGCCCACGCCUCCGUGGCCUCCUCUGGUCUUCGUCCCAGACGGAGCCUUGACCACGCUCGCGGGAUUUCCAAAAGAUGCCACUAAAACUGUGAGCUCUUUGCUAAGCUGGAAGACGUUCUCAUUCUUGUCACGUUGUAGGAAUUGCCAAAGCAUACCAAUAUCCAGCACAGUGCCUUAGCGUGUGAUCCCUGAACUGGGCAACCGUGGAACAAAACCAUCUCAUACCUGAGAAACACUAAGAUCCAUUGUGUCGCCUGAACAAAUGAGAUCUGGCCAGUGUGCAUUGGCUUCAACCUUCACUACAUCUUAUUAAUACAGUAAAACACUACUUAUGAACUGGCCAUGCCUUUCUUAUAGGAAAAGACCAAAAAAAUUCCUGGAGGUCCAAGUAAUUCCUCCUCCUUUCCUGCACUGUAGCAUGAAAGUGCCUUUGGUUCCGAUUUUCCAGCUUAGAAAAGACAAAUCUUAUUUUGCAUUACUAAGAUUAUCAAAACCAAAUAAGUGGAUGUAAGUUAAAAUAUUCACCACAAUGCCUUCCUAAAAUUUUAUAGUACACAACAACGGACAGUGGAUAAAUAUCAAAAUGAUGUUCCAUGACAAUUAUUAAUUAGAGAAAUUAUUAUUAAUAUUUUUUUUUUCCAAAUUGUAAAAUAUUUUGGGAAGUACCUAAGUUGGUUUGUGUCAGAUUUUUAAAAUAUGUAUAACCUUAUGAAAAAAAAAUGUGCUAAUGUGUUGAAAAAUGUGUUUAAAAUGUGUUAUAGUAAAUUGGGACACACUCCCUUAGUAGCACUGUUGUGCUGCUGUUUUUAUUUUUAGUUUGUUUGUUUGUUUGUUUGUUUUUUAAAACACUAUGAAAUAUUGUUGAUUUUACCACUUUGGAGAAUUGGAUAUUUCGUUUUUUUUUUUUUAAUAUGCCGACUCUAUUUUAAGUGGACUUCAUAGAAUGACAGUCUACUUAUUUUAUCAGACUUGUUAAUGAUAUUGGUUAACCAGAUAGGAAUUUGUUAAGGCCUUUACUGUUAAAGAGUAUUUUUACAGCUUCAGCAAGCCUAUCGUUUUUAACGCUAUAUACCCAAGUUAUUAGUUUAAUCAGUCUCUCCUAAAGAGCUCUGUUAGUUUGACUGACCUCUGUGUUGUACUGCUUAAUGGAACUGUGGAGUUUAGAACAGCGGACUGCUCCCGUUGCUUUGUGUUUGCCCUCCGUUGCCUCUUUGUUCUUGUUCAUUUUGCGUAUGGAUAUUUUUUUUAUUAUUAUUGUUAUUAUUAUUAUUAUUAUUAUUAUUAUUAUUAUUAUUAUUAUUAUUAUUAUUGUUAUUAUUAUUAUUAUUAUUAUUAUUAUUAUUAUUAAUUGACGUAUUACUGUUCUUCGUGCGCGCGAUAGUUUUUGUGAUGACGUCAUUAUACCCGGCAGCCUGGUCGCCUGCGCUGCCGGUCCCGCGUUUGACGUCUCAGUCCCACGUUAACACGACCCCAAACCGAUCCCACCCUUUACUUCUCUUGGGAACUGGACAUCGAUGCCUUUAAUAUGGUGGAUGUUAGACGGACGUUAUUUUGAGAGCGAUGGACACUAAGCAGUUGCUUUCCAGCGGAAGUCAUGACGCGCGUCAGCAGUCUCAUUCUUUAUUUGUCUCGUCUGUGUAGGUACUGGUACCUCCGUUCAUUACCAUUUCAGAAGUUGGCUUUAAAGUGAACUAUUCUCUAGUUCAAAAUAGUAUCAUGAAAAUAUUGGGUUCGUGUGCAGAGAUUUUUUUUGUAAAAAGGUGCUUUGUAUAAAAUUAUAUAUUCUGGCUUUUCUUGGUACAAAGGUGUGAUAUCUUUUAAUAUCCUCAAUGAUGGUGAAGCGUUGGAGCAAAGGUGAGAGGAGAGAAGAAAACGUGCUAUGUGUAUGUGUUCUUUACCGCAUAUGGUCUUGUCUUUGCUCGGUAACAUUUCAAUGCCUUCUUGAUAAAGUGGUAGAUAUUUUGUAGCUUUCUAGAUACUUUGUAUGUAUACAAUAUUGAAUAAAAAUAAGUAAAACAGUCA